AUGAUGGCAGAGAAAGGACCAAUCUUCCUCGCCGAGGAGAGGAGUAUCAGCAAUGAUGUCGUCGAGAAUGCCUCUGGCAAAACCCCCAUCGCGGCGAGCAUCCGUGAAGUCGAUGGGCUUGUGGUCCUUGGGAUGGAUCAAGAUGACGUGAACUUCUACGAGAAGUUCACGCCGCAGAUGAGAUUAAGGCUGAACCGCAAGAUUGACCUGCGAUUGCUACCUCUGCUAGCCACCCUAUACUUGGUCUCGAAUCUGGACCGGGCGAACAUAGGGAACGCCAAGAUUGAAGGCCUAGCUAAAGACCUGAAGUUGACUGGUGUCCAAUAUAAUACUGCGCUAGCAGUGUUCUUCAUAUCUUAUAUCCUCUUCAACAUCCCAAGCAAUAUCAUCCUCAAGCAGAUCAAGAAGCCAUCGUGGUACCUCGGCGCGAGCACCAUCACGUUCGGCUUCAUCAUGACGAUGCACGGCGUGGUCCAGAGCUUCACUGGAUUGGCUCUGUGCCGCUUCCUCCUCGGCAUCUUCGAGGCCGGGUUCUUCCCAGCUGCCACCUACAUUUGCACAGCAUACUAUCUCCCGCGCGAGUUGUCACUCCGCCUCGGUGCCUUCUACUGCACAGGCGCCAUCUCCGGUGCAUUUUCCGGCCUCCUUGCCGCCGCCAUCACGCAGAUGGACGGCGUGGGUGGCUACGAAGGAUGGCGUUGGAUAUUCAUCAUUGAGGGCUUGAUGACGGUCGUCAUAGGAGUCAUUACGGUCUUCUGCUUAGUCGAUCUGCCCUCGAACUCGACUCGGUGGCUGAGUCCUGAUGAGUUGAGGUUCCUCGAGGUGCAGCGGAAGCUCAAGCAGGGGGGCCUCAGUGCCGACGGGAGUGAUGUCGAGGGCGGUGAGCUAGGGUUCCAAUGGUAUCAGCUGAAGAUGGUCUUCACGAACUGGCGCAACUGCCUCCUGGCCCUUUGUCUGGCGUGCCAGGCUGUUGGUUUCUACGGCGUCAAGUUCAAUCUGCCUACGUUGACAGAGUCCAUGGGGUUCACCAGUACAAAAGCGCAGUUGCUAAGUGUGCCGCCUUACAUCCUUGCGGGCUUCAUGUGUGUGUUGAUACCGCACCUGUCCGACCGUUACGGAACCCGAGCUGCCUUCCUGAUACCAUGCUUCUUCGCUAUGACUGUUGGCUUCGCCGUCGUCUUGUCCUUCCAAGGCGACCUCCACGGCUCACGUGUGGCACCGUGCCCAUUGCUCAUCUCAUGGGGCACGAACAACACUGCUCCCGCUGGCCGACGAGCAAUGAUCUCUUCAAUGCUUACUGCCGUGGCAAACUUUGGUGGGAUAGCUGGCAGCUUCAUGUUUUUGGACAGGGAAGCUCCAGUCUACGACACUGGAUACGGGCUAUCCGUAGCCUGUGGCGCCACUGGUAUGAUCGGCUCGACUGUCUUGUAUAUUUCCUGGAGGCACUUGAACAAGAGACGCGCCGUUGUCAACGAGGGUGAAAUGCGGGAUAAGUAUACUGACAUGGAGCUACUACGCCUGGGAGAUAGGAGCCCCUUGUUCAAGUAUCAAUUGUGA